AUGGAGAUAUCGAGCCCACAGAUGUCUGAUACACAAAAUAGGUCUGUAAUAGUGCUCAUUGGAGGUGGGCAUGCUUCUGGAAAGGCUACCACUGUCAGUUUGCUCGUGAAAGAGUUACAUUCUACGAUACCAUCUGACAUGAUUGAGGUAAUAACAAUAAAUCUCUCUGAUUAUGAAGAGGCUAUUGACGGUAAUGAUAAUAGCUCCAAAAAGCUGGAACAUUCAGCGAUAUCUUAUGGAGAUUCCAAUAGGUUUUCUCAAUUUCGUCCUUCUAGGUUUCGAUUUGAUAAAUUGAGAGAAGAGUUACUGAGUCACGGAGAAACACCGGGCGACCAAAAGCAAAAGAUAUACUUAAUAUACGGUCUUUAUGCACUAUACGAUAAGGCCCUUCGAAGUAUGUCCCAAUUGAAGGUAUUCAUUUCUAGCGAUCCGGAUACGAGAUUGGUUCGGUGGAUUAGGCGAGAUGUAGUCAAUGGCACUCAAAGCUUGGAAAGUGUGAUAAAUGGAUAUUUGCAAGGGGCUAGAAUAGAGAUGAGAAAUUUCAUAUUCCCUACUAAAGAAUUUGCUGAUGUCAUAAUGCCCAAUGGAGCAGAGACUAAUGCAGUUCGCUUAAUUGUAGACGGAAUGAUCCAAUUUUUGGCAAGUAGGGCCGAUCCUGAAGGUAUGUAUAUCCCGAGUACUACUGGAAAUUACUUACGCCCUGGUAACGAUGGCUUUUUCGGUAAGGAUAUUUUUGAUUCUCAAAAGGAAUCAUUCUACGAGUUGAGCUAA